AUGGCUACAGAGUACGCCAAAGACCAGCCUCCAGGCUUCACGAAUCGCAUUGAACGAGUGGCUAUCGUUGGUGCUUCUGGCUCCAUCGGUCGUUACAUCGCUACAGAGCUUGUCAGGACAGGCAAGCAUACAAUUACCGGGUUGACCCGGUUAAAGGGCAAGAAGGAGUUACCGGAAGGGGUCAUACCUUGCUACAUUGACUACGAUGAUGAGUCUACCCUUGUCAAGGCCCUGCAAGGCCAACAGUUUCUCGUAAUUACCAUGUCUGUCAUGGCACCGCCGGAUACUCAGUCCAAGUUAAUCCGAGCAGCAGCCGAAGCCGGCGUUCCAUACGUGAUGCCCAAUGCCUAUGGGUCCGACUUCACUAACGACGCUCUGGCCAAGGAGACUGGCAGAGGCAAUGUGAUUCGCAAGACUCUUCAGGAAAUCGAGGCUACGAAUGUCUGCUCGUGGAUUGCGCUCGUCUGCGGCUUCUGGUAUGAGUUUAGUAUGGCUCGGGGAGCGGAGUGUUUCGGGUUUGAAAUGCAAAGGAAGCAUCUCACCCUUAUUGACAAUGGGGACACGAAGAUAAAUGUCAGUACUUGGGAUCAAUGUGGCCGUGCAGUUGCCGCCCUUUUGAAUCUGAAGGAACUGCCAGAUGGUCCAGGGGAUACAAGCCCAACAGUGAGCACAUGGAAGAACAGACCACUGUAUAUUGCUAGCUUUACGAUAAGUCAGAAAGACAUGUUCGAGAGUUUGAAGAAGGUCACCGGCGAUAAGGACGAGGAAUGGACUAUUGAACACGAGAAAAGCCACGAUCGGUAUGUCCGAGGCCAGGAACGGCUGCAGAAGAAGAAUGAAAAACUGGGAUAUGUUCAAAUGCUAUACACACGACAAUUCUACCCUAAUGGGGACGGUAAUUUUGGAGAGAAGCAUGGCCUGGCCAAUGAUGCCCUGGGAUUGCCCCCGGAGGACCUCGAUGAAUGUACCAAACGUGCCAAGGAGAUGAUUGAAAGCGGCUAUGCUUAUCACUGA